AUGAUCUUGGUGAAAGACGCGUGCGUGCCCCAGCCAGUGGUGAAAUUAAAUGAAGACCCGUGCGUGCCCCAGCCAGUGGUGACAUUAAAUGAAGACCCGUGCGUGCCCCAGCCAGUGGUGAAAUUAAAUGAAGACCCGUGCGUGCCCCAGCCAGUGGUGACAUUAAAUGAAGACCCGUGCGUGCCCCAGCCAGUGGUGACAUUAAAUGAAGACCCGUGCGUGCCCCAGCCAGUGGUGACAUUAAAUGAAGACCCGUGCGUGCCCCAGCCAGUGGUGAAAUUAAAUGAAGACCUGUGCGUGCCCCAGCCAGUGGUGACAUUAAAUGAAGACCCGUGCGUGCCCCAGCCAGUGGUGACAUUAAAUGAAGACCCGUGCGUGCCCCAGCCAGUGGUGACAUUAAAUGAAGACCCGUGCGUGCCCCAGCCAGUGGUGACAUUAAAUGAAGACCCGUGCGUGCCCCAGCCAGUGGUGACAUUAAAUGAAGACCCGUGCGUGCCCCAGCCAGUGGUGACAUUAAAUGAAGACCCGUGCGUGCCCCAGCCAGUGGUGACAUUAAAUGAAGACCCGUGCGUGCCCCAGCCAGUGGUGACAUUAAAUGAAGACCCGUGCGUGCCCCAGCCAGUGGUGACAUUAAAUGAAGACCCGUGCGUGCCCCAGCCAGUGGUGACAUUAAAUGAAGACCCGUGCGUGCCCCAGCCAGUGGUGACAUUAAAUGAAGACCCGUGCGUGCCCCAGCCAGUGGUGACAUUAAAUGAAGACCCGUGCGUGCCCCAGACAGUGGUGAAAUUAAAUGAAGACCUGUGCGUGCCCCAGCCAGUGGUGACAUUAAAUGAAGACCCGUGCGUGCCCCAGCCAGUGGUGACAUUAAAUGAAGACCCGUGCGUGCCCCAGCCAGUGGUGACAUUAAAUGUAGACCCGUGCGUGCCCCAGCCAGUGGUGACAUUAAAUGUAGACCGGUGCGUGCCCCAGCCAGUGGUGACAUUAAAUGAAGACCCGUGCGUGCCCCAGCCAGUGGUGACAUUAAAUGAAGACCCGUGCGUGCCCCAGCCAGUGGUGACAUUAAAUGAAGACCCGUGCGUGCCCCAGCCAGUGGUGACAUUAAAUGAAGACCCGUGCGUGCCCCAGCCAGUGGUGACAUUAAAUGUAGACCGGUGCGUGCCCCAGCCAGUGGUGACAUUAAAUGAAGACCCGUGCGUGCCCCAGCCAGUGGUGACACUAAAUGUAGACCCGUGCGUGCCCCAGCCACUGGUGACAUUCAAUGAAGACCCGUGCGUGCCCCAGCCAGUGGUGACAUUAAAUGUAGACCCGUGCGUGCCCCAGCCAGUGGUGACAUUAAAUGUAGACCCGUGCGUGCCCCAGCCAGUGGUGACAUUCAAUGAAGACCCGUGCGUGCCCCAGCCAGAGGUGACAUUAAAUGUAGACCUGUGCGUGCCCCAGCCACUGGUGACAUUCAAUGAAGACCCGUGCGUGCCCCAGCCAGUGGUGACAUUAAAUGUAGACCCGUGCGUGCCCCAGCCAGUGGUGACAUUAAAUGUAGACCCGUGCGUGCCCCAGCCAGUGGUGACAUUCAAUGAAGACCCGUGCGUGCCCCAGCCACUGGUGACAUUCAAUGAAGACCCGUGCGUGCCCCAGCCACUGGUGACAUUCAAUGAAGACCCGUGCGUGCCCCAGCCAGUGGUGACAUUAAAUGUAGAGCCGUGCGUGCCCCAGCCAGUGGUGACACUAAAUGUAGACCCGUGCGUGCCCCAGCCACUGGUGACAUUCAAUGAAGACCCGUGCGUGCCCCAGCCAGUGGUGACAUUAAAUGUAGACCCGUGCGUGCCCCAGCCAGUGGUGACAUUAAAUGUAGACCCGUGCGUGCCCCAGCCAGUGGUGACAUUCAAUGAAGACCCGUGCGUGCCCCAGCCAGAGGUGACAUUAAAUGUAGACCUGUGCGUGCCCCAGCCAGUGGUGACAUUAAAUGAAGACCCGUGCGUGCCCCAGCCAGUGGUGACAUUAAAUGAAGACCCGUGCGUGCCCCAGCCAGUGGUGACAUUAAAUGAAGACCCGUGCGUGCCCCAGCCAGUGGUGACAUUAAAUCAAGACCCGUGCGUGCCCCAGCCAGUGGUGACAUUAAAUCAAGACCCGUGCGUGCCCCAGCCAGUGGUGACAUUAAAUCAAGACCCGUGCGUGCCCCAGCCAGUGGUGACAUUAAAUGAAGACCCGUGCGUGCCCCAGCCAGUGGUGACAUUAAAUGAAGACCCGUGCGUGCCCCAGCCAGUGGUGACAUUAAAUGAAGACCCGUGCGUGCCCCAGCCAGUGGUGACAUUAAAUCAAGACCCGUGCGUGCCCCAGCCAGUGGUGACAUUAAAUCAAGACCCGUGCGUGCCCCAGCCAGUGAAGGUCUUGAACGCGCAUGCCGGCCGCGGCGACACGUGGCUGCGGACAGAUAAAACAAUUGCCUGUCGCUCGCCGGAUUGA